GCCAUGGACUACUCCUACCUCAACUCCUAUGACUCCUGCGUGGCCGCGAUGGAGGCGUCUGCCUACGAGUUCAGCCCCUGCAGCCAGACCGGCUCCUUCCAGUACGGACCCGUCCGAGGGGGCUUCGGCCCCGCAGCCGCCUGCGCCCCCCUCGGCCCCGGCAGCUGCGCCCUGGGAGCGCUGCGGGAGCCGCAACCCGCGCCCUACCCCGCAGUUCCCUACAAGUUCUUCUCGGAGGCCCAGGGGCUGAACGAGAAGCGGAAGCAGCGUCGGAUCCGCACGACCUUCACCAGCUCCCAGCUCAAGGAGCUCGAACGAGUCUUCGCCGAGACCCAUUACCCUGACAUCUACACCCGCGAGGAGCUGGCGCUCAAGAUAGACCUCACCGAGGCCCGGGUGCAGGUGUGGUUCCAGAACCGCCGCGCCAAGUUCCGCAAGCAGGAGCGAGCCGCGAGCACCAAGGGGGGUGGGGGCUCCGGGGGGGGCCCCAAGGCGGAGCCGAGGGGGGGGUCCGAGGACGAGGACUCCAAAGGCUCCACGAGCAGCCCAGCCCCCGACAGCACCGCGGGGCCCAGCCCCGGCCCCGCCCCCCGCGGCCCCCCCUGGGCCCCCGACCCCCCCAAGGGCUGGCAGGGGGCGGAGCCAGGACCCUUCGGGGGGCUCCUCAGCGCCCUACAGAGGAAACCGGGGGGGCUGAAGCCCAACCCCUUCUGA